AUGCUCCUCUCUCCUCGCUUCCACCUCUUUGAAAUAGGCGACCAACCCUGGUGCCCAGACUGGAUCAUCGCCUACAUCCAAUCCUACCUCACCAGCGUCUGGAACCUGCACCUGCCGCCCUUCAGCCGAACCUCCCCGGCAGGCGUAGCCGCCGAGCUCGUCACUGAAAAUCUGCCCGAUGCAUCAUCCUACACAUUCGUAGAUUGCUGCGCCGGAGCAGGAGGGCCCACCUCGACCAUGGAGCGCGUCCUGAACUCCCGCUUCCGGGAACAGGGGAACCCGCCCGCGCGGUUCGUCUUAACAGACCUGAAUCCGAGGAUCGAUGCUUGGGCCGUCAUCGCCAAGAAGCAGGAGCAUAUAUCGUUUAUUCCCGAAGUCAGAGAUGCGACGUGUUGCGGGCGGGUUGCCGAUGAGGGGAAGGAGUGUCGGGUGUUCAACUUGUGUUUUCAUCAUUUCGACGAUGCGGUGGCGCGGGGGGUUUUGAGGAGUGCGGUUGAGUCGGCGGAUUCGUUCAUUGUUUUCGAGUUCGCGCAGCGCAAUUUCUCGUCGCUGCUGAAUAUCCCUGUCAUGGUGCUGUAUCCGUUCUUCCAUACGCUGCAGCGGUACUGGUAUUCGCCUUUGCAUCUGUUCUUCACGACGCCUGAGGAGUUGAGGGAUCUCCUCCGUCAGCCGGAUCUGGAUGUUUCUGGAUGGGAGUUUACGUCGGGCAAUCGCAUGAUGAUCUGGCCUUUUCUGCAUAUUUACUGGUUUAUGGGUGUAAGGAAGCGGUGA